UGUUGCGAUACGACACCCGUUGAGACUGGUCAUCUCUUCGGGCCUGAGAAGACUUUACUUCACCACUCCAGGCUUGGUGUCUUCGCGCAGUUUGUUUGUUCUGUUGUUCCGGGACGUCUCUCCGAAUUAGUACACAACGUAGGAACUGGCGUCCAAAUCCAACGUUACGCCCUAUUGAAAAAUAACUACGGAAAUAUAUGAAUGAAUUGAAGCUGAGAAAACGCCGUUUAAAAAUAAACCGUCGUCCAGCAUCCACAGAGUCAAAUCUUUAACAUUUUCCAGUUAUCGCAGUUAACUACAAAAAAGUGUUUUUUUUUUUACCAUCGGAAAAAACAACAAUUACAAAGUUGUCGAAACGAUCAGUUUUUGCACACAAUAAAACCAUAAUCAGCCCACGGCUUCCCGUCUUCAUCUUUACAAUGUUGCUUUCAGUCACAUUCGAAAGAUCUUAGAAGGAAGUCGUAAGAAUUAACAGUAGCUUGGAGCGUGAAAACGUAAUGUUGUUCAAAACUGUACGGUUUGCCACCUUAGUCCUGGCGGUAACCUUUGUCAUAUUGGGGCUUAUCCCAUAUGGACUGUCACAGGCUCUAAACAAACCCUGCACCAACCCUCGCGGCGAACCAGGCCUCUGCGUGUUCCUUCGGGAGUGCCGCCCGUUGCUGGAUAUUUUCAACACACCGGACGUGUCGGCACGUGAAAGUGAGUUUUUCUACGCCAGUCGCUGUUCAGGGAAUUCCAGCCGCAAACCACUGGUCUGCUGUGCUGCGGCGCCUUCUGCGACCUCGAAAGAGCUUCCGCGACCACCGGCAGACUGUGGGCUAGACUCGCCCGAUCGUAUUGUUGGCGGCACGGAAACCACCCUUGGCGAGUUCAGUUGGGCGGCCCUGCUCGUCUACAAAGACCGGAAUGGCAAAGAAGACUACAAAUGUGGUGCCACGCUCAUCAACUCCCGGUACGUGGUAACGGCCGCUCACUGCAUCACAAUGCUUUCCGGAGGUUGGACACUCAACGGAGUUCGCCUCGGAGAGCACAACGUCACCAACAAAGACCAAGAUUGCGAUGAGUACAGCUGUGCGGAUGUCCCGGUGGAGGUCGGCGUUGAGAAAGUGAUUCUGCAUGAGGGGUAUAACCAACAUAAAAGGAAUAACGAUAUCGCGCUGAUCCGGCUGAAUCGGGACGUUGGCUUCUCGACCUACAUCAAUCCGAUUUGUUUGCCCCUCGAGGACAGUGUGCGGCAGAUGGACCAUACAGGAGUGAAGGCCACCACAGCCGGAUGGGGAAUAACGGAAUGUGAUCGAGCAAGUGAAGUCAAGCUCAAAGUGACACUCGACGUCGUGGAUCUUCAAACGUGUCGCAAAACAAACAUAAAGUUCAACAAGUUAGGCAACACGCAACUUUGUGCCGGCGGAAAGGAAGGCGAGGACACUUGCCGGGGUGAUUCUGGAGGACCGUUGAUGCGUCAAAUCCAGGGGAACUACCACCUAAUUGGAGUCGUCAGUAUGGGACCGAUAAAGUGUGGAACCGAAAAUGUGCCAGGCGUUUACACAAACGUGGCCACGUUUAUCGACUGGAUCCAGAGCAAGUUGGAGUGAGGGAAUGGUAUGGCGAAGAGUUUUGUCGGCAGAAUUUGGUGGAGUAAUGUUGAAUUCAACUAAAAGUGUGAAUAUAAAAUUCAAGAUUCCUUAUUCGUACGAAUAAGGUACAAGUUUUGUACAAGA